CGGCAUUUGUAUCACAACAUAGACAGAGGUUCUUUAAUCCCUGCCAUGGCAUGCAUUUCCGGGGCCCUUGGCCUCUCAUAACGUUCGUGGCCUUCUCGUUGCUGCUGUUGUGGCACAACUUCGAUGCAGCCGAACAGUGGAGCGGACGAAAAGGAAACCUUGUAUUGAAUGAGCUGAAAGAAGAGAUUGAGAAGCACAGGAAGGAGAUCGCAGAUCUUCAUCGAGAUGUUGAAGAUGUCAGGCGUUCUAUGUCGUCAAUGGGGUCGCAUGAGGAGAUGGCGGAAGAUGCUGAAGGGGAAGUGCAGAAAGGCCAAUGCAACAUCUUUGCUAUGUGGAACUACCCAAGUGGACCACCCAUGUUUAUCCAAAAGAAUUUGGAAUCCUGGGUCCACUAUUCCCAGGGACGUUGUCGAUUCCCCUGGCUGAUCAAUGAGACCAACAUCAGAGAAUUCAUUCCAGACCUUCCUGCAGAGUACGAUCGUAUGCCUCCGGAUUACGAUGCUGCAAAGUCAGAUGUGGUCAGGUAUGCCUUGCUGUACCACCACGGAGGCAUAUACUUGGACACUGAUUUUCUAGUUGCCCGGGAUCUCUCACCUGUACUGGACCGCAUCGAAGAUCAUGAUAUUGUGUCGUAUACCACCACCGGGCAGGCUUGCCAUAGAGGGACAUUCAGUUCCAACUUCUUGGCAGGACGUAAGGGCAGCAGCGUUUUUGAGGCAAUUUGGAAUGCGCAGAAGGAGGCAUUGUCCAACCAUUGUGAUGACAAGUUGCCUGCAAAUGACAGGAAAGUUUGUUGCUCGGAUGACUUGGAACGCCCAUGUCACAUUCCCUGGGCCGGCAUCGGAGAAAACGUGGCGCACCCAGUGCUCAAAAACAUGUUGAUGAUGCGGACAGGCAUCAAAAUCUAUUGCUUUGAAGGGAAAGAUAGCUUCGUCCCUCAGAACUUCUUGGACAUUUUGAAGAAGCAUCCCAAGCUCGAUGAUGCAGUUAAAGCUUUCCAACGAAGUGGCGUGACGAACCCGUUGGAGAGGCUGAUGUAUCAUCUCUUCGCUUCACAGGGCUUUGGGGCUGAUCAUGAUGGCGCAACACUCUUCGACCCCUCCACCUUUGUGGGGCAUUUAUAUCGCAAAAGUGUGGGAAGCUUCACAGAGAUCCCACGAGAUCCAUUGGACGAUGGGCCUGGAUUCAUUUGUGCAAAUGAUGGAGAUACUUGCAAAUGCAAUGGGAAGGUGUUCUACGGGAGACGUUUCCAAAAUGAUGGGAAUGGUGUGAGGGCAGAGCUUAAAGAUCUUAUCAAGAAACGGUAUGUGGUCAAGGAAGUACAUGGCCGAGUGCAAUGCACGGUUGACGUGUUUGGUGAUCCAAUAUUCACCGUGCCAAAACAUUGUGUUUGCCAGCCUCGUGAUGAAGCAUCACGCAGCGGACACGACGAAAAUAUUGAGAAGCGCAGACAGAACCGCAAAGACACACUGCAGCCAGGCAACUUUCUGUCUAGAUUCUAG